CUGGCCAAAGGCCGGAUCCAGCCGCUUCCGCGCAACGUGCUGCUCCUGGGUCUCCUCGCCUUGUCCCCCCUGUGUCUGUCCCCCCCCCACGGCCACCGCUUAUGGAGCCCCCCAAGGACACCACUGGGGCCGUUGUCCCGAGCAAGCUGUCCCCGGAGCUGCUGCAGCCACUGGUGACCGUGGUGGCCACAUUGGGCCUCUUGGGAGCCCCCUCAGGGGGCAUCCUCUUGGCCGGGGGCUCCCUGCGGUCCGGGCUGGUGGCCCUGAGCAACCGCGUCCACGGGGCCAUGGAGCACGGGCACGGGGAGCCGACUCUCCUGCGCCACCGCCUGGCCACCGCCGCGGCCGCCGCCGCGGCCACCGUCACCCGCCAAUGGCGCGAGGCCGUGGCGAAGGUGGAAGCCACUUGGGCCACCGCGGCCGAGGACGUCGCGCGCCUCAGGGACGCCUGUGGCACCGUGGCCACCGCGGCCACCAGCAGCACCAGCAGGGGUGACGUGGAGGCUGCGAUUGCCCAUGAGGACAAGGCGUGCUGUGAGCUGCUGGUGGCCGCCAGGGCGCUGCCGGUGGCCACCGAUUUGGCCAUGGUGGAUGAGAAGGUGCAGAGACACGAGGCGUGGGUGGCCGAGGCCAGCGCCGGGCUGGAGGCGGCCUCCGAGGCCACCAAGAAGGUGGCGGAGGCCAUGAAGGAGCCGGUGGAGCCUGAGGAGAGGAGACAAUGGGCUGUGGUGGCCCAAGAGCAAUUGGGAAGCUUGUUGGCUGCUUGUCACGGCGCCGCCAGCUUCUACGGUCACCUGCGGGGACACCUUGAGGACAUCGAGGCCACUGUGGCGACGCUGGGAGGUGGUGGCCCGCAGGCUCCGGAGGUGGCCCCAGGGGGUGUCCCCGAGGCUCUGAAGGCAGCGCUGGUGGUGCCUGAGGUGCUGUGGACCGCCAGCGCCCGCCUGGCCAAGGGCCACCUCCUGAGGGCUGUGCGGCUGGCCCGGGACGUGCUGGUCAACCCCGAUGCCACCAAGGCCGCCGCAGUGACCCAGCACUGUCAGGAGGCCACCGCCGCGCUCCCGGCGCUGCUGGCACCGCAGCCGUGGUAGAGGACGGUGGCCUCGGCGGGGACCGAUGGCAUCAACGUGGCUCUGCUGCAAUCCUGCUCCCGUUGCUUUGUCCCCAUGCGGGUUCCUGCUGGCCCCAAAGGGCCACCAUGGCCAUGGAGAGGGUCCUCCUGCCCCUGUGUUCCUGCCUUGUCCCCCCAAAGAAGAUUAAAUUGGGGUCUCCCACCCCAUUGAGAAGGUGA